AUGCGUUUUGGGUUGCCCAGUGAUGGAGAUGUCGUGUAUGUCCCGGCACCCCGCUCCAGGAAGGUAAAGGCAGGCCGCUUCCUUGCCCCUACCAAUCUCGCAGACCAAAUUACGGACGCUUUGGGUCAGUUAGAGCUUCAGAAUAUCGAGAAGUAUAAUGAAGAACAAGAUAAGAGGCUAAAGAGUUUCAAAAGCUAUUACAAUUCGCAAAACUCCCAUACAAAUCAGCUACUAGGAGCCCUAGAUGCAACUUUUGAGGUAGAACAAUCCUCUCAAGAGUCUACCAUCAAGGACCUAUUUCUUUAUGAACAAAAGCUUCGGGAGGAAGAGGAAGAAAGGAAGAGACAACUAGAAAUCAAGAGGAAAGAGGAGGAGCGGAAAAGAAUUGAAGAGGAGAAACGGAAAGCUGAGGAGGAAAAGAGAAGAUUAGAAGAAGAAAGGAAAGAAGCACUCAGAAAACGUGAGGAGGAAAAGAAGAAGGAAGAACUAGCAAAGCAAAAGAAAGAAGCUGAGGAAAAAGAGAGGCUCCGGCAAAAGAAGUUAAAGGAGGACGAGGAGAAGCGCAAGAGAGGCGGUACUGACUGGAAAGAGGUUGCUAAGGAAGUUGAAAAAUGGAGAACUGAGAUUGCCAACAUCAAGGAAAAAGUGGUUGCACCUAUUAACCAGAAUAAAGACUUAAAGAAGCAAAUGAACGUUCUUCGAAGAAAAGUCACUGUUAAAUUUGGUCAGUUAUCAAACUCCAGAAGCCAGUGCAACUCCGCAUGUUCUGACAUCCACCAGUUAGUGGAACCUACUCGUUCUAAUCCAGGAGCCUAUCAUUGGCUUCUCAACUCUAUUGCAAAAGCCCUUAUAUCACAAGCAGAAGCUGAGGUUAUCGUUAAACCUACUGCAUCUCUUCCUUUGGCAUUAGUAACCAACAAUCUUCUACGGCUGUAUCCAGAAUUCGACUACUACCUCACCGCUCGUUUUGUGAAGAAGUGCUGCUUCACCUUGGGCUACUCCUGCGCUAUUGACACCGAAGAGGGCCGUAGACGUAUGGGAUGGAAGCGUACAGACGACAAAUGGGAGGAUGAAGUCAAAUAUGAAGAAAGGAUCGGUGGUAUCAUGACAUUAUGGGCCGCUAUAUCAAACGAAGAUGCCAACACUGAACAUGGGCUUUUCAAUAGAGCCGCUCAGUGGCGAUCUUUGGCUCGACUUUUGAAUACUGAUACCGCCAUCAUCAUAAAUGUUCAUUACGUUGUUGUCGGCAAUUGGUGGGAGGUUGCUGCAAAGAGUUUCUUCCAGGUCUACAGAGGGCAAGCCACGAAAUUAUUCAACUUGAUAGAGAAAGCUUGGUCUCCAGUGGGUAGGAAGAAGUCUUACCCGGCAGCCACAAGACUUGAGCUACUCGUGGAGGCGUGCUGGAAAGGAAAUUUCAGCACCAUCAAGGAAAUGGAAAGGUAA